GGGGGUCGCUCUAACACAUGGAACCAAUGCAGCGAAGAAGAACAUCCUUAUGGAAAUCCAGCAGCAGGCUAACCCGUCAAUGUGUCACCGCAGCCGGUUAAAGAUUCAUUUACCAAACCAUGGCGUGUUUAUGAUGUGUAAAUAAAGUAAGCUGCCUCGUCAAAUAUCAGCUAUUAGCUGAAUUAGCUAACUAGGACGGCUGCCAGGUCGUUAGCCAGCUCGCUAGCCGUCGCUGCACUGACUGUGUUUACCGCCAUCAUGAGCGAAGAAGACGGCUCAGCCUCCGCAAACAAAGACCGAGACUCGACCCUGUUGCUCACCAAGGACGGACAGAGGUACUACGUGAGUAAGAGCGGAGUGCUGGACAGCAGAAAUGUGAUAACGCCGCACGAACCGGAGAACAACGUGUCCUCCUCCAACGACAUGGACGACCAGGACGAGGAGAGCGACGUCCUGGACACGUCGGAUCCCAGAGACAGCGCCGCCAGCCCGGAGGAGCUCAACGACGAGGAGGCGUCGGAGGGCGACAACGCCCCCAAACAGUGCACCUAUGAGGGCUGCACGGAGACCACGACGCAGGUGGCCAAGCAGAGGAAACCGUGGAUGUGUAAGAAACACCGCAACAAGAUGUACAAAGACAAAUACAAGAAGAAGAAGAGCGACCAGGCCAUGUCCAGUGGCAAACUUGAUGAAAACUCCGAGGAGCGGCCUGUGUCUGUGAACAAACAGCGUCUGGGUGCCAUGGGAGACCGGCCAGCCAGACCCUCCCUCAUCGAGCAGGUCCUCAACCAGAAAAGACUGUCACUGCUUAGAAGUCCAGAGGUGAUCAGCUUCCUGCAGCAGCAGCAGCAGCUCCUGGCCACACAGGGCCGUAGCCAAUCACAGCAGCAGUUCCAGGGCUGCUGACGCAGGGCCAGUCAUUGCAUUUGUGAUGAAACGGAGAGAGAGAACACUGAAGAAACACUUGGCAUUUCAUGCAUCAAACGGAUAGCGGCCAUACACUGUAAACAUGACUUUCCUCAUGCCACAGAGAAAACAUCAUGGUAAUCAAAGUGCGUGAGGCUGGUGGACUAAACAAGACUCCCACAAAAGGUGCAAAAUCCUCGAGUAGCAGACUGACCAUGAAAUCAAAAAAUGUCCGGUGCUGUUUGUAAAAUGUAAUUCUUUUGUGAAUUUACCUCCGAGUUCCUCUGUCAAACCCCUCUCUGUCUGUCUGUCUGUCUGUCUGUUAAGUUUUCUCCUGCCAUGUGGCAACAAUAAUGAAGGAAUUGGAUCAUAAUUGUCCUGAGUUGCUCAGAUGUUUCAGCCUCAGUUCUUGCCAACAUAUUCAUGUGAUCCUCCUUUUUUCCGUUGUGCGUCUCAGUGUCGCUCAUGUGAUGCAUUUCAGGCUUCUGCUCCGUGUUUUUAACGUCUUGAACAUGGAUUGUUCUUUGUGACAGUCAGGUGUGUGAUGCAUGUCCGCAGCCUCUUCUCAGUCAAGAGACUUAACAUAUUUUUAUCCCUGCUCCAUCUGAAUCUGUCGCACACAGUAAGCUUUAAAUGUAUACAAAGAGUUAAGCUUGGUUGGAUGGGUAUCGAUCAUGCACUGUACGUUGUUUUUAAGUUAAAGUGUGUUUCCGCUGC